AUGGACGCAGAGGCACUUGUUGAAUCAUCACCAGUAACGUUAGUGGAUCUCUUGAACAACACCCUCAUCUGGCGCGAGACGGCUCCUUACCUUCCGGCCGGAAGUGUUUUGGCAUUGUCUGCCACAGCACGGGCUCUUCGACAUACCAUUUGCGAGUCGCCAGAGACGUUCCGACAUCUAAAUCUCACCUUGGUCAAAUCCGCUACUCUUCUUGACACCAGCCCUAUUGAUAGUGGUGGCAAAUCAUGGCGUGCUGAGCGCAUGGACGAAUCCCUAACAGAAGAUGAAUUCUUCUCCGGCCCGUUGCGAGGUGUCUUCUCGAAGCUCGAGCGUCAACACUUGCUUCAGAAUGUCAAAACACUGAUCCUGGACGGCCUCAGCGUACCAGCGGAGCUCGUCCGGGAGAUUGUUCUGGAAGACCGCUUCAAUGUCAAGAUUCUCAGCAUCCGAGACGUCACCAACAUGAAUCAAAGAGGCUUGCAGUCAGUAAUCCGUUACAUUGUAAGGCCCUCCGCUUCAAGGUCACCUAAAUUGAAGGGCCUUUAUCUGUUUGGUCGUAAGGACGCCCCGGAAGCACUCUCACAUAGAGCUCAAACCGUACCUUCAAGCCGUGUAUCUACGGGUGUCAUGUCAUCGGAGGGUGCUCAGAUCGGUGCUGCGUGGAACUCAAGAUCUGAGGUGGCGCUCUCUGCGUCACUCAAUCACAAUCAGCCCUUAGACGACUGGUGGAAGACCAGAGGUAACGUUUGGGACACCGAAGGCAGCACCAAACAUACUCCUGCACCAGAUUGGGCCGAUAUAUUGCUCGCAUGUCAAGGCAUCAUAGCCUUUGAUGCAGUGCUCUGUCGCGGUCCGAGGCAUGAUCCCUCUAGAACAACAUCGGACCGGCUACUACGGCCUGCCAUCGCGAACAUCGCACUCGGUUCAAGAGGUUGCGAAUCAUGCGGUUCCUGCCCCGAACAGCCCGCGGUCUUCGACCGAGACGCGGAUUUCAACUUCCCGUUGCUGGCUCCUCCUCCGCUGCAUGCCAGCACGGUGAGAUCUGCACAGAGACCCAUUGUACAGGACGCCGACGUGCCGCCAUUGAUUCUACGAUGCUUAGAGUGUCUUCGCGAGCGGUGGUGCGAAAGAUGCAACAAGUGGUGGUGCGAGGACUGUUACCGAGAGCCUGUCUCACGAGCAAAGAGACAGCAUCCUAAUUCGCCUGAGGAUGGCUUACAGAACGAUGGUGGUUGGGCUCUGGAAGCUUUGAGCGCAAAUGCUGCAGUAAAGGUAUAUUCCAAUCUUUGCGUCGAGACCUGCCUCGUAGGCGAGAUGUUGCCUGUAGCCGAUGGCAUGUGGGGAUGA